AUGUGUAUGUUCAGGAUCACGAAUUACGAUGAGUGCUGGGCACAAUACAUUCAUGUAUUGAUUUGCUCUAUCGAAACCUCCAAAAAGAAUCAACUUGAAUCUCCUAGACAUCGCGUCAACUCGGCAUUGAAAUGUCCCAAUUUAAAGUCGGAACAUAUUCACAUGGGGCGCUCAAGAUGUUUUUGCAAAACUCACCCAUCACAAAAUAUGGGAGCUGUUUGUGCCAGAAUGUGGGGAGGUGAUUUCGUCGGCGACGUUCAAUGUGCCAUGCUGCCGGGUUCGGCCGUACGAUUUGAAUUUCGUAACCGAAAAUGGCAAAAUUGUACCGAUGUGGAUAGGUUAUUAAGAGGCGGAAGUCGCUUUCUACCUGACAGUUAUGUACCCAAACUGAAAACUCGAAAUUGGAAUGAUAGUGAGUGGGAUGGAGAUAGCAAGCUGAUAGAGUGGAGAGAUACGGAUUGGGUCACGUUGGCAGAGAAGGGCAUGAGUAUGUGGAGAAGCAAACAGAGGAAGGUAAUCGGUGGUCAAGAUACGGUGAUGCAGGAUGGAAUUGAACCUUCCCAGGUCAGUCCGACUUACGAGGAUGUUCAACUGGUGAAGCACGAGAUGUUUUCGACCCAGCAUAAUCUGUCCAGACCGAAAGGCCAAAUGCCUCUCACGCGGUAUGAUAUGCAGACAAGCCGCUGUGUAGGCAAGAUCAAUGAUGGUAAAGUAGAGUGGCGACAAUCGAAGGAACAAAGAGGAGCUGUCACAAAUGGCCCAUACAAGCCAGCUUCUCCACCAAGCGCCGAUCAGCCACAACACAAGAGACAGUCUUUAAUUCUAGACAUUAAUCAAGCACAGCACAGAAAACAGUUCACAGCUGGACCUAAUAUGAUGCCUACCGGGGAAAAUGCGCGGUCACUAAGAGAGGAAAAGGAAAAGGGUUUUGAUGAAAUCCAGGCACAAUUGACUGCCGCUGUUCCAACACCACAAUCUAUCCCAACUGGACCUAGGACGAUGUCUAUCCCAAUUGGACCUAGAAUGAUGCGUACCUGGGAGGAAGUCCGACUCGGGGGAGAGAAACUUGAGAACGAGAGCAAGCAGUCUGAGACACCAUCAGCCAAUUACAUAAGCCUAGCGGAUCCGAUUUCUGCUAAUAAGUCGAGAUUGAGGGGUGGUGAUAACAGCCCGCAGUACGCAGAUCGAGCUACAAACGCGGAAGCACGAGUAACAACUUCAUUGGAAGUCUCUUCGGUUACUGUUUGUGCGAGUGAAACCUCCCAGGAGCGGCGCAAGAGGAAACACAAGGAAAAGAGAAACACAUUCCUACAGCAUACACACAAAAAACGACUUGCCGUUUGUGAGAAGAAGUUGAACGUUCAGAAACAAGAAUCCGGUCAGUCUGUUCGAGAUGGUACCCGAGAAGUCAAUAUGCAUGCCUCUGUACAACAGGAUGAUAAACCACUGACUGCUGCGUCUCCCUACUCACCAUGUAUUGGAGUGUCCGGGGCGAUUUCUUAUUUACAAAGAAUACAGAUGGCCAGCCCUAAUAUGAAAAAUAGCAGGAUGCUCGGAGUGCAGAUUCAAGCUAGUAGGGGCCCCAGCGAAAAGGCAGAUGGAGUAGUCGAGAGUGAAGAAGGAAAGAAGAAGCGAAUGACAGAUAUGGAUAUAUCAAUGAUGGAUAGCGAAGGAUACAUAAGGAGGAAAAGGCUGGCACGUGAAACUGAAGCACUUAAAGGUCAAGGAGAACCAAUAAGCAACACAGGUGGUGAUGGAGAGCAGGAGGGAAGUAAUACGGGUGAUGAGGAGCUUCCAGAUUACGAAUCAGAUAAGGAUACUCCUAUAAAAACUGAAGGCAACGGUCGAUUGCGAAGUACAGCUGUAGGUCUCAUUGGAUCCCAACAACAACUUCAACCCUUCAUUGCAGCUGUGCCGGCGGUGGUCCAGCCUAGGGAUACAAUCAUGGAAGAAAAUGGCCCGGAGACAACUGGACAUGGUUGGGAAUCAGCUAUUUAUUUGACGUCCGAUUGA